CUUGACAUUGAGCAUUGACACACGUUCAUCAAAUAUAAAAUCACAGUGUAAAACAGCAGAAUUCCAUAUCUGGUGAAUUUCAAAAUAGAUAGCUAACAAAGCUAAGCUACGUGACAGAAUCGAUGUUAUAAAAAAAAUAAGAAACAUAAAAAAGGCAAGAAAAUACGCACGCUUUGAUGACUCUCGGCUUCCGUUCAACUAGUGGUCACAACGACAAAGCGAAAAAGGGAUAGCGAUUAGCUAGUCAGCUAAUCCCUUGCAUAACUCAGUCGCUGUACAUUUCACAGGUUUAUGAAGAAAUGGACAUGGUCAGGGGACCGGGCUGAAUUUAGAAACGGAUUUGGAGUUUUUCAAAUUGAGUUUCACCUGUCUAUGCAUCAGCAUUGCCAUGGACAAAUCUCAGUGAUGGAGUCCCAGAGGAAAAGCUCUGGUGAGGAGGACAGUUCAGGGGAGCGAGGUUCGCUCCACACCUGGAAGGGCUACUCCUAUAGUGUCACCCCAGAGAGAGUGCUCCUGUCCAGGCCUGUGCUGCAGGCUGCCCUGGGAACACGCCAUGGGGUUCUACUGGUGGAGGGCGGGCAGGUGUACAGCUUUGGUGAGUUCCCAUGGAAACAGAGCCAGGUCUCAGAGGUGGGCCCCCUGAAGCCCGUCCUAGAGAGCGCUCUCAGCGGCCAGCGCGUGGUCGCCGUGGCAGCGGGCAGCUUCCACAGCGGGGCGGUUACCGAGGACGGCGGGGUCCACAUGUGGGGGGAGAACUCCUUCGGCCAGUGUGGCCUGUCUAUCCUCACUGUAGUCCCCAACCCGACUCCAGUGGCUGUCCUGGACCCCGACACCAGCCCCCCUCAUACCAUCCGGGUCCUGGAGCUGGCCUGCGGGGAGCAGCACUCCCUUGCUCUCUCUGCCCAGCACGAGGUGUGGGCCUGGGGCAGCGGCUGCCAGCUGGGCCUGGUCACUACCAUCUAUCCCGUGUGGAAACCCCAGAAGGUGGAGCACCUGGCGGGCAGACACGUCCUUCAGGUGACCUGUGGGGCCUUCCACAGCCUUGCCUUGGUGCGUUGCCUACCCCCUCAGGAGGCCCGGCGGCCCCUGCCAGAUAAGUGUGGCCAGUGCAACCAGCUGCUCUACACCAUGACGGACAAGGAGGACCACGUCAUUAUCUCAGAUGGUCAUUACUGCCCCCUAGGGGUGGAGUUGCUGGCUGACGGAGAGGCCAGGCUGGGGCCUGGAAGGUCCCCUCCGCUAAGGCUCCAGAGCUCCCCUUCAGAGCCCCUCCUCUCCUCUCAUACCUCGGCCUCAGUGCCUGGUCCCUAUCCCACCAUAACAGACCAUACAGACAAUGAGAGGGGGAGGACAGUGGCACAGAAUGGGGAAGUCUUAACCAGCACAGACUCUGACAUCUCUGCUGCUGGGACAGACUCUGAUCGAACUGUUGGAGGUGUGGGGGGUGCAGCAUCUCAGAACUCCCCCUACCCUGAUGAUCAGGCAGUGAAAGAAUAUCUCAAGAAACUGUCUGACACCUCUCUGGCUGAGGAGACUGCCAAGAUGACCAUAGCAGGAGCAAGUUUUCAGCCCCCAGCAGAUAGCCUUGACCUCCUGACCUCUGACCUCAUCCCCGGGGUCAUGCCAGUGACCACCAGCUCUGCCCUCAACAGCCUGGUCUCAUCCUGUGCCUCCGCCAUGGGCGAGAGAGUGGUCUCCACCUACGAGGCUCUGUCCCUGAAGAAGAUGAUUAACUACUACUACCCCGGGGUUGGGGGUGUAGCAGGAGUACCCGGUGGGGUGCCAGGGGGGUUUCCAGGGGGACCCGCGGAGGAGCGGGUGCGUCUGGAGGAGUCCAUGCAGGGGAAGAAGAGCUGCAGCACGGGGGACAUCCGUGAGGAGGAUGAGGGCCUGAGUCGACGUCUCUCUCUGCCUGGACUCCUCUCUCAGGGUAGAUACGCUGUUCGUCUCUUAUCCUCCUCCUCUGCUCAUCGCCUCUUAUCCUCCUUAUCUUCCUCCUAUACUCUGAUGUUGUCCCCCAGGUUGCUGCGGAGGGCCAGCCGGCCCAGGGUGCGAGCGGUGCCCCUCACCCCUGUGGGAGGGCUCCCAGAGGCGGGGGAGCUGCUCCCCUCCCUGCAGACCGAGGUGUGGAGCUGGGGGCGGGGCGAGGAGGGCCAGCUUGGCCACGGGGACAACCUCCCCAGGCUGCAGCCACUGUGCAUCAAGUGUCUGAGCAGUAAGGAGGUGGUGCUUGUGGCUGCUGGGGCACAUCACUCCCUGGCCCUGACUGCACAGUCCCAGGUCUUCUCCUGGGGUAGUAACAGCUCUGGCCAGCUGGGACACAUGGGGUGUCCUACUACUAUCCCUCGCCUUGCCAAGCUGUCUGAGGGGAUCCGUGUAUGGGAUGUGGGUGCUGGGGCACAGCACACCCUCCUCCUGGCCGAUGGGGACUGUUACCAGCCCAUCCUUUACUAUAGCGGACAGCAGGUCAGAGAGGGGGCGCAGGACGCACCCCAGGACCAGACAGAGGGGUACAGCUACACCCAGCAACCAGUGCUGCUCCCCUUCUGCAUGAACUUGGGCUACGUGAGCGGUGUGUUUGCGGGGGGCCAGAGCUGCGUGGCGCUAGCCGAUCGCAACGUCAUGGGUUUCAUCGCCAGCCUCCACGAGCUGGCUGCUGCCGAGAGGAAGUUCUACUGCAAGCUGAGCUCUGUGAAGAACCACAUACUGCGCCCCCUGUUGGACCUGGGUGAGAACUACCGCUGCCGCUACAGCUCCGCUGGACAGAGGCCAUGGGUCAGAGAGUCGUUGAGUACAGCCCUAGGCCCGGCGUCCACAGUGCUGCUACAGAGCCUGGCGAGGUGUUAUAGCCGCCUGUGUCACCUCACUGGGCAGCACUCCGCCUCCCUCACCGCCAACCUGCGCCGCCGUCGGGAGGUGAAAAGCUUGGUUAUGCUGGAGCAUGCCAGCAUCUUCCUGGACACGUACACUGAGUACUGCUGCUCUGUGGGUAACUUCCUGGUGAUGGGGGGCUUCCAGGCUCUGGCCAAGCCCUCGCUAGAUUUCUUUGGGAAGUGUCCAGAGCUGUUGCAGCGGCUGGCAGAGUCCAGCGAGGAGAACAUUCCUCUGAGUGACCUGUUGGUGACUCUCUUCUACCUGCCCAUGAGACACCUUCACGAGUAUGGCAGGCUGCUGCUCAAACUGGGAACCUGCUUCGAGGUGAGCUCAGUGGACUACCAGAAGCUUCAGGACGGCUGCUCUAAGUUUGAGGCCCUGGCUCUUCAUCUGAAGAGGAGGAGGAAGGAGGCAGAGUACACGUACCACUUCUGGAAGAGCUUCCCUGGCAAGAUGACGGUCAGUGGCCUGGAUUCCCUGCGUAAGCCCCGCCGGAGGCUGAUCUGUGAGAGCAGUAACAAGGCCCUGACGCUACAGAACUCUGGAAGGUUCUCUGUCAACUGGUUCAUCCUCUUCAAUGAUGCACUCGUCCACGCUCAGGGUGUGUUUCCCUAUAAAAGCCGUUUCUCCACCCACCAUGUCUUCCCAUUGGCCACACUGUGGGUCGAGCCCAUCCUGGAGGAGAACACUGGCCUGUAUGGACUGAAGGUGAUCUCACCUGAGGAGACAUUCACCCUGCUGGCCUGUUCUUCCAUGGAGAAGGCCAAGUGGCUUCGCUCCUUCAACCAGGCGGUGGACCAGGCCAUGAGUGGGGCGGGGCAGAGGGCGGAGCCUCCCAUCUCCCGGACCGCCUCCUACACCUUCUACAAGGACAGCCGUCUGAAGGAGGCCACCUACGAGGGCCACUGGCUGGCCGGCAAGCCCGAUGGGAGGGGAAUGAUGAAGUGGCUUGAUGGGAGAAUUUACACGGGGACGUUCAAGAACGGACUGGAGGAUGGUUUUGGAGAUUACGUUAUUCCCAGCAAGACGUCGAACCUGAACGACCACUAUCAAGGCCACUGGAAAGAAGGGAAGAUGCACGGCAUCGGAACAUACAAGUAUGCCACAGGUGAGUUGUACGAGGGCUCGUUCCAGGACAACAUGCGUCACGGUCACGGGAUGCUGCGCAGCGGCACGCUGAACUCCUCCUCCCCCAGCGUCUUCAUCGGCCAAUGGGUGCACGACAAGAAGACGGGCUACGGCGUCUUUGAUGACAUCACCAGAGGAGAGAAGUACAUGGGCAUGUGGCAGGAUGACCAGCGGCAGGGCACGGGCGUCAUAGUAACCCAGUUUGGCCUGUACUACGAGGGAGCCUUCAACAACAACAAGAUGCAGGGCACAGGGGUCCUGCUGUCUGAGGACAACACCACAUAUGAAGGAGAGUUCUCGGAGGACUGGACUCUCAACGGAAAGGGUGUGCUGACCAUGGCUAAUGGGGACUACUUUGAGGGCUCCUUCACCGGGGAGUGGGGCUCCGGCCUGAAGGUCACCGGAUCCUUCUUCAAACCCAACCUCUACCACUCAGACGGGGACAAGGGCCGCGCUGUUAAGCUGGGGCGUCUGGCGGUGCGUCCGGAGGAGAAGUGGAGGGCAGUGUUUGAGGAGUGUUGGAUGAGGCUGGGCUGUGAGGCCCCUGGCCAGGGAGAGAAUCAGAGAGCCUGGGAGAACAUCGCUGAAGCCCUGACCACCAGCAGGAGACAGCACGGAGACAGCCCAGAGAUGAACCUGAGUCGGACUCAUAACAGAACUCUGGGGAGUCUGGAGUUCAUCCCUCAGCAGCAUGUUGGCCCUGUUACCAUGGAGAAGUAUGACAGUAUCCGCCAUUACCUCAUCAAGGCGUGUGACACGCCCCUGCACCCCCUGGGCAGGCUGAUGGAGACCCUGGUGGCUGUCUACAGGAUGACCUACGUGGGGGUGGGGGCCAACCGCCGCCUCCUACUGCAGGCUGUCAACGAGAUCAUGUCCUACCUGGCACGCAUCUUCCAGCUCGUCAGGUUCCUGUUCCCAGAUCUGCCUGAAGAGGGUGGAGUGAUCCCUGAACCAUCCUCUGACCCCCAGGACAAGAAGGAUUCCAACUGCGCAGACACCCAGCUAGAAUCCCCCAAACCUGGGCGUGUGGUGAGUAGCUCAGCUCUGCUCCUGCCGGUGUUGCUGCCUGGUCUCUACCCCCCUCUCUUCACCCUGUACGUCCUGGAGAAGGAGAGGGAGGACGACGUGUACUGGGAGUGUGUCCUCCGCCUCAACAAACAGCCAGAUGUGGCCCUGCUCGCCUUCCUCGGCGUGCAACAUAAGUUUUGGCCGGUUUCGGUUCCAGUGUUGGGGGAGAAGACGGAGGUUGUGUCCAGCACAAAAGACGCCUGUUUUGCCUCAGCAACAGAGACCUUACAGCAGAUCAGACAGUUUGUUUUCAGCACAACGUUCACCCCGUCCGACAAGCUGCAGGUGAUCCAGCUGACAUUUGAGGAGAUCACAAAGGAAGUGAUGUCAUCUCUGGAGGGUAACUUCCUGUGGUCCAUGGACGACCUGUUUCCUGUGUUCCUCUACGUGGUACUGCGCGCCCGGAUCAGGAACCUGGGGUCAGAGGUGAGUCUGAUAGAGGACCUGAUGGACCCCUGUGUACAGCACGGAGAACACGGCAUCAUGUUCACCACUCUCAAGGCGUGUUACUAUCAGAUCCAGCAUGAGAAGACCACAUAAGAACCACCGAGAAUCUCUGUACUGUGCUCUGCAGCAGCUCUGUGUAAAGUGGCAGUCAGACAGACCGCCGAUUCAGAGGGAAGGGAUUGGAGAGGUUUUGAGUGAUGCUGUGUCAGGGUCGUCACAGGAGGGUCGUGAUGAUUGACAGACAGGCUGCUGACUGUCCAUCUGCUCCCCCGUAGCAGGACCCCCUCCCCCUUACACACACACACACACUGACGCAUGCACUUACACACACACAUACGAAAACACACACACACUACAAAGCUCCCCGCUCUAACCACUGCCUAGUGGUGACCAUGUCAUCAGGCUCAUACACCUACUUGAUUCAUCAGGUUGACCUCUGUAAACCCAAGGUGUUAUAAAACUGUUUUGGCAGUUUGGCCAGUCCAGCUGUCCAUAGGCUUUGUAACACCUUAGCCCCUGAAUGAAGGAACCUGCUUCUUGAGCCGUCUGGAAUAGGGGCUUACUGUGAUGUGGGCAGAGCCUGUGGAGUUUCAGCCUUAUCGUGAACUGUUGUGAAUAUGACUGGCUAUUUACUAUUCAUGCUAUAGUAGUGGCAGAGAUAACUGCCUCUUGUCACCCAGCGCUGGUAGUGAAAUGGAAGUCUAUGAAGAGGAACUUAAAAUCCAAGUGAGACUCGCCCUUAACAUGGAGCCUGUCUAGUAACAAGAGGCCAUCUUGUAUGUAUGAGGUGGCAACAAGUCAUCACAUGGCCCCCUGUUGCUUCCAUCGGACCUCAGCCCUCACAGCACAUGUUAUUUAAUGGACCAACACGGUACAUCACAUUGAUGUCACUUAGAACAAGGAAAGGGUUGAACCUCACAGAUGCAGUGACGUCUGUGUCCACCGAGCGCUAGCCUACGCUCACUCAGACCAACACCAGGUGACGUUGUUUUGUGGUUGAAAUGUACACUCCAUACAGUUUUGCUGUUAUUGUUGUAUUCAUUCUUCAGAAAAAUCUUGAACAUACAGCUCUGUGUUCAGGGGAUUUGAGAUGUGAUGUUGGGAGGCGCUCUGUUUCUCAUGUAAUGCAGUAUUUCAUGUAAACGACAGCCAGCUAAUGUGCACCUCACCUGCUAGCCUUUUAAAACAUUUCAAUUCAUACUGUAUUAUUUGGAUUUAUAACCUCUCUGUUUGCACAGUAUUUAUAAUGCGCUACAAGGUGGUUCUUUCAGGUCACUUUAUUCUACACCAGAGCUAAAACCUCAGCCACCUGCAUGAAAUGUUGACACUUGAUGGGUAACCCAUAGAAGAAGACUGUUUUAUUUUCUGUUAUAAAACCUUUCCUGCAAUAUAGCUAAUGUAAUAUUCAUGUUUGUGGUUCUUCAAAUCAGAAGAAGACUUUUACUAGGAAGCAAUAUUGUUUAUGUAUGUGUUUGGUGUGCUCCUGUCAUGCAGACAGACUUAUGACAGUAUUAUGCAGUAUUUGUACCUGCAAGGCAAUCACUACACUGAAGAAUCUCUCUGUUCCUCGUUGUGGUCUGAUCAUGUUGUAAUGGCAAUAUGAUGGUUAGACAGUGGUUGUACAGUGACAUUGAAGUCUACCAAAAGAAAUUCUUCCUGUUGCAACAAUGUUCUUUAAAAAUCUAUAUCUUUAUUCUGGGCAGAAUUAUUCAUGUGGAGAAUAGAAUUUGUUACAACUGUUAAUUGAUUGUUUGAUGGGACAUGCAGUACGUAAGAAUCUAUAUUUUAAACAGAAUUUGAUUGUAACCUGGUAUUUGGUUACUUCUUUAUUCAGCUGGUUUAUAAUUUGUAUGGUCAUGCCAAGGUUUACCUCCAUUUCCCCCCAUACUUCCUUUGGAAAGGACUGUGAUUAUGUUAUCUGUUUACACCUGAAACACAUGAGGUGCUGCAUGAUGUGAUAUCUAUACAGUGUUUGACCCAUAGACUGCAUAACAUACAGUUUGAUCUAUGAAGGAAGAUCUGACUGCUUGUUUUUGUUUUUUUUAAAGUUUUUUUGAAACUUUAUUUAACUAGGCGAGUCAGUUAAGAACAAAUUCUUAUUUACAAUGACGGCCGAACCCAGACGAUGCCAACUUAUUGGACUCCCAAUCACGGCCGUUUAUGAUACAGCCUGGAUUCGAACCAGGGUGUCUGUAGAGACACCUCUAGCGCUGAGAUGCAGUGCCUUAGACCGCUGCACCACUCGGGAGUGUACUUCCAGGUUAAGGUGUGUUGCAUUGGAUAGAGUUCUCUGUAUGCUGUCACGUUUGUCCUUUUUUAGGGGAAUGAUGUCAGCAUUUUGUCUAAUGUACAUAUCUUAAUGUAAACAACGGGCAAUAAAGCCAACUGACAGAAAGUAACCUUUAAAUAAAAUUUGCCUCUGUA